AUGAUCCCACGACAAGGCUAUGCGCCAACUCCUCAUAGUUAUGUUCCUAACACGAGUCUUUCUGCCACUAUAAAUCUCGACGAGGAAGUCAAACUUACAAACACCCGUGCCGAGCGCGAUCUCCAAGAGUCACUCGCCGAGCUCUUUAGCAUUAUAAUAACACUCGAUGAACUCGAAAAGGCCUUUCUUAAAGAUGCUGUCCCAGAAGCAGAGUACACAGAAAUCUGCGAGCGAUCGCUGAGGCAGUACAAAGCGCUGCUGGCGGAUGAGACUAUCGCCAGGGAAUUCGGGGAUCUAGAAGAAUUCAAGGCCAGAUGGGAUCUCGAAGCACCUCGCGCGACAGAGCGCAUUCGUGUCGGCAUGCCAUCCACAACCAUCGACCGAGCCCCCUCAGCGCCAACUCCCGCUCCCACCGCAGCCGCCAACAACACCAGCGGUGUUUUAAUUCUCGAAGCCACCCAAGAGUUCAUCACCUUCCUCGACGCAGUCAAGCUCGGCCUCCUUUCCAAAGACCAGCUGCACCCCCUCCUCUCUGACGUGAUCCAAUCGGUAAACCGCGUUACAGACAAGGACUUUGAGAACCGCGGCAAGAUCGUACAAUGGCUCAUCACCCUCAACCAGAUGAGGGCGACGGACGAGUUGAGCGAGGAGCAGGCGCGCGAACUGGAGCUGGAUAUUCAGCAGGCGUACCAGGGAUUUAGAAGGACUUUGACUUGA